GAGCUCCAUCACAUCACAUCACAUCACAUCAAAUCUCUGACUGCUGCACUCACAAUCCAGAGUGAUCAGAGACUCCAGCUUCAAGGCCAUGUAUGUCCAUGAGGACUACCCUUAUUCACUCAAUCCCCUGACCAAGAGCUAUGGAUGCUAUCCACAAGGACACAUGAAUCCUGGUUGCCCGUCAAUCUGUAGUGAUGCAGAGUUGAUGUCGCUUCCAGUUCAUGCAGCGCUACAGGGCCGAGAACUGUGGGAGAAAUUUAACAGCGUCGGCACUGAGAUGCUCAUCACUAAAACGGGCAGACGCAUGUUUCCCAGCUGCAGAGUCACAGUGAUGGGGCUGAACCCCAAAGUCAAGUAUGUGCUGAUGAUGGACAUGGUGCAGUUUGAUAAUAACAAGUACAAGUGGAACAGAGAUCACUGGGAGAUGAGUGGCAAGUCUGAACCCCAUCUACAGAACCUCUUCAUCCAUCCUGACUCACCUGCUUUAGGAGAAAGGUGGAUGCAGUAUCCUAUAUCCUUCCAUAAACUCAAGCUCACCAACAAUACAUUCAACACUAAAGGCCUGGUGGUGCUUCAUUCCAUGCACAAAUACCAGCCUCGUCUACAUAUAGUGCAGGCUCCAGACGCGUGUGGAGGCCACAGUGGUGGAUACCUGCGAUUUACCUUCCCAGAGGCAGCCUUCAUAGCAGUCACAUCCUACCAGAACCAUGAGAUCACAAAGCUGAAGAUCGACAACAACCCCUUUGCGAAAGGCUUUCGUGACAAUGGUCUCAGCAGGAAGAGGUUUAGAGACAAGGAUAUGAGUCAGAGGCCAGUUUCAGGGCAGCAACAGAACAAGACACAAAAUCAGCAAGAAAGUCAUUUGGACACAACUGAUGAUGAUGAACAAGUCUCCAGCUCAGUGGAGUCCACAGGUGCAGUGAGUCCACCAGACAUUAAGGCUACAUCCAUGCCUGUCUCCAUCCCUUUCUUAUCAGCAUUUAUGAAGCGUGGAAGUGCUGGAUUACCUUGUGGCCAGGAAGUAUGGAGCCAACCCACCAUUCUCCAUCAAUCCCAGCAUAUAAUCAACCAGAACAGAGACUCUAGGAGGCCGGAUGACAAUCUCCAGUACAUGUGUGGCUCUUUGACAGAAGCUCUCAGCAACCGAAUGCUAACGCUGCAGCAGCAGCAAUGUCACAGCCCGGACAUCCAGCCACCAGGCGUACACCAGAUUUACUCUACCCAAGCCAAACUCCACCAGCCCCUCCGUCUGCCACCCAAACUCAGCCGUAUGCAGCUGCCUGAAAUUGUCUUUAGGAGCCUGGAUUCAAAUCCAAAGCCACUGUCUGACAUUUUCAACACAAUUCGGGAACGCAUGAUAGCCAAGGAUUUACAAAUUAAUCCCCAGCACGAGCAGACGACCUCAGGUGCAAACAGGGAAGAAAAAGCCCCAAAUUUCCCAGCUGUCCAGGACUGCGGCGUGGCAUUUUGCACUGAGCAAUACACUGGCCUUACAACAGAGUGGCCUGCUUUCAGUGGAAACACAGAGCAGAGCAAUGAGGCCAAAUCAGUGGCAUUUUCACAGCUGUGGGAAUAAUCUGGAGAAAGGAUUGCUGGGAUAUAAUGAACAUUAUGAACUCAAAAAAAUUAACUUUUUCCUCUGACCAUUUUAUAAAACAUGAAUAUGCUUUAAGGGAAUAUUUGUCGUUGUGGUUAUAUGAAUAAAGUUAAUAGUUGUUGUUU